AAACCUGUUGUUGCCUACUUGGUUAACGAGUGGACAGACACCGACACGGUGCUGUUCAGGAGUGGAUGGUUGUCGCUCAAGGGGUGUAAUGAGUUUUAUAAAUUCCUCUCAUCUUCAUUUAACGUUUUACUGACUUUACUCUACAGCGAUAUGAAGACCGCGUUAACAGUAUAUCUGUUAUUAAUAAGUGUGUACGGAGUGUGUGGUGUUGAUCCAGAUGAAGUGAAGUCAGUAUCAGCGAUGGAGGGAGAAUCUGUCACUUUACACAGUAAUCUUACUGAACUAAAGACAGACAUACAGCUUACCUGGACUUUUAAACUUCAAGCCUCUCUGAUAGCUGAGAUCAUUAUGGGAAACCAAAUAAACGUUAUCUUUGUUAGUAAUGAUGGGAUAUUUAAAGACCGUCUACAGAUGAACAAUCAGACUGGAUCUCUCACCAUCACAAACAUCAGAACCAAACACUCUGGACUUUAUAAACUACAGAUCAGCAGCAUCACUGAGACAUUAUCCAAGAGAUUCCGUGUUACAGUGUGUGAUUCUCUGCCUUUGAUCGAUGCAGAAACAGGUGAAUUAAAGACAGUGUCUGUAACAGAGGGAGAUCCCGCCUAUCUGAUGAUGGAAGAUGUUGAAAUUCAGACAUAUGAUCUGAUAGUGUGGAGGUUUGGAGAUGACGGCAUUCUUAUACUGAAGGGUGACAGAGAAGACAAUAAGACCACAUUUAGUUAUGAUGAGAUAUAUGGACACAGACUGGAGCUGAACUAUCAGACCGGAUCUCUCACCAUCACAGACGCCAGAAUCACAGACACUGGACUUUAUAAAGUAAAGAUCAGCGGUGACAGUAUGGCCAAAUACAAAAGAUUCAUUCUUACUGUCAGUGCAUCAGGUAUAUCUUCAGGUGGUGUAGCAGGUAUAGUUAUUGUUGUUCUUCUGGCCAUGUCUGGAGCUGUCGGUGUAUUUUUGGUUUUAUAUCGCCGCAGAACCUCUGAAAUAAAAAAACAAAAUGAUGUAUUGGUUGAUAAGACUGUUGUAAUGAAGCCGGGAGAUUCUGUUGCUCUACACACUGGUGUUAAAGAAAUACAGAAAGAUGAUGACAUAAUUUGGACGUUUAAAGGCUCAUCUAUAGCUCAAAUUAAUGGAGAUCAAACUAUUGAAAAUAUUGAUGAGAGAUUCAAAGACAAACUGAAGCUGAACCGUCAGACUGGAUCUCUCAUCAUCAAAGACACCAAAACUGAACACACUGGACUAUACAAAGUAAAGAUGACACUUCAAGAUCUGACAUCAGCCCAGAUAUUCAAUGUUUCUGCAAGUGAUAAACUGUCUGUGAAUGAAGGAGAUUCUUUCACUUUAAAUUCUGGACACACUGAAAUAGGAGACAAAGUCAUAACAUGGAGGUUCGGAGACGUCCUUGUAGCUACAAUUAAUGGAAAUCCAGCAUCUGAUUGGAUUGAAGAGAGAUUCAGAUACAGAGUUCAGGUGGACCCUCAAACUGGAUCUCUGACCGUCACAAACAGCAGAACUGAAGACUCUGGACUUUAUCAACUACAGAUCAGCGGCAAAGAGAAAUCAGAAAGAAAAUUCACUGUUACUGUCCGUGAAUCCACAGUUAAUAAACAAAAUAAGCCAGAGAUUCAAAUGAUUCAAGACUCACCCAGCAUAAUGACUGAGCAGAUAGGCCGGACUCCUUCGAUAAAACUUCUAAAGCAGAAAGAAGAGAAAAUUCAGCAGGUGUCAGUGAUGGAGGGAGAUUCUUUCACUCUCAACACUGGAGAUGCUUUCAUACAGAGACCUGAUAUGAUCCAGUGGAUGUUUGGGGACAAGUGUAUUGCUGAACUGAUUGGAAAACAACCUGCUGUUAGUGCUGUUGUUGAUGACAGAUUCACAUACAGACUGAAGCUGGACCACCAGACUGGAUCUCUCACCAUCACAAAUAUCACAACCACAGACUCUGGACAUUAUAUACUGAGGAUCAACCCAGGCUUAACGGAGGAUUUAGAAUUUAAAUUCAAUGUCAUUGUCAAUGCACCUUCUACAAAAAACGAAGGAAAUGUUCCAGAGUCAACACACUCACUUAUGAUAAGAGAAGAUCCUUCAGACAGAAGAAAUGAAUCCGAUCCCUUGUUAAGAAAAGAUUGUGUAAAUGUUGUGGAUGAAGAGGAGGGGAUGAGCGAAUGAGUCUAUAAGAACAUAAUGUUUACAAACACACAAAGAUGUGUGUGUCUGGGCUCUUCCUAAACAUGAAUAUAUGAUAGUUUCCUCAUUUUUCACAAGAAUAAGUGAUAUUCAAUAAAAACGCAUGUUCAAGACACAAGAACAUUCAUAUUCCUUGAUCAAACUGGAUUGUUUAUGGGUGCAAAAAAGAUGUAAAAAUGUAAAAGCAGUAGCCUACAGAUAAGAAAUAAGGUAAAUUGCAGGCAUAUCGAUCAUUGCAGAAAAGGUUUGUGUUAAAAUAAAG